AUGUCUUCCAACGGCGAAAGUAGCAGCUCAGCAGCAGCGAACAACCCCCAAAGCCUCCCUGCUCUACACACUUCUGCAGAGACGUUCCUCAAGAAUGACUACGACUUUAUCGUGGUCGGUGGUGGCACCGCUGGGCUUGUAGUCGCCGCUCGCUUGACGGAAAACGAGGACAUCAAGGUUGGAGUGUUGGAGGCUGGCAAAAGUCGUCUUGGGGAUUUCUUGGUCGACUCCCCUGCCAUGUUCAUGCAGAUGUUCAUGAACCCAGAGUACGACUGGUGCCACAUGACAGAACCGCAGAAAUUCAACAAGGGCCGUCGCCACCAUAUUCCACGAGGAAAGGCUCUUGGAGGCUCAUCUGCGAUCAACUAUAUGAUGUAUGUCCGUGGAUCGCUUCAAGACUACGAUGACUGGGCAAUCAUUGCUGGCGACGAUAGCUGGAAUGCAGCGAACAUGAUGACAUACAUGAGAAAGCAUCAGACUCUCGAGCCCAUUGCCGAUCAUGUCACAGACCGGAGCACUAUGCCUUUCGUCGGCGAGCACCACGGCACAUCUGGCCCAGCUAGGACAUCGUUCAACGAUUGGCGUUUGCCAAUCGAGGACGACUUCAUCAAGGCUUGCGAUGAAGCCACCGGAAUGAGCAAGAAACCUGUCGAUCCAUGGAGUGGAGAUCACAUUGGUUUCUACAACACUCUAGGGCUGGUGGCCCGGUCUGGUCCCAACAAGGGCAUGCGGAGCUACGCAGCACGGGGAUAUCUCCAGCAAAAUGCCCAUCGUCCGAACCUACACGUGCUCACGGAAGCCAUGGUACAAAGGAUCGAGCUCAGUGGCGACAAGGCCACUGGCGUGACUUUUGUCCACAACGGCGAGACCCACACUGUGAAGACCAACAAGGAGAUUCUCAUGGCUGCAGGCGCCAUUCAAUCUCCGCAGCUCCUUGAAUUGUCCGGCAUUGGAGAUCCAGAGAUCCUCAGACGUGCUGGCGUUGAGCCAAAGAUCGAGAACAAGGCCAUUGGAGAGAACUUCCAGGACCAUGUUCUCACUAUUGGUUGCUGGGAGGUCAAGCCCGGUAACAUGACGCUGGAGGCUAUUCACAACCCCGCCGUCAUGGAGCAGGCACAGAAAGCGCUUGCUGAGACAGGUGGCGGCCCAUUGACGAGCGUCUGCACCAUGCAAGGUUUCUUCCCAUACAAGCUGUUCGCCACACCAGAGGAACAAGAUAGGGUCAUCAAGUCGGUGGAGAAGGACUUGCCGAGCUUGAGACCAUUCCAAAGAGCACAAUAUGAACGCACCCUUGCGCAUCUCCGUGAUGACAAGUCCGCCAAUCUGCAGCUGGUGCUCGUGCCAUCGCACUUUGGCAUGGAGGGCGGAAUUGAGAACCAGAGCAAAGUGUUCCCAGCUCCCGAAUCCCACGAGGAUCCCCAGGCCAUAUCAGCUGCCAUGUGCCUACAAUACCCUCUCUCGCGAGGGAGCGUGCACAUCAAGACCUCAGACGCCAAUGAUCACCCGGCCGUCGACCCAGGCUUCCUUUCGCAUCCCGCAGAUGUUGAUGUCCUCGCCGCUGGUCUUAAGAUGUUGGGCAAAGUCGAACAGAGCAAGCAUCUUUCAGACAAGAUUGAGAAGCGUCUGUUCCCACCAGCCGGCGUUGAUAUGAGUGACACUGAGGCGAUGCGGGAGUGCGUCAGAGAUAUUUGCAUGUCUGAGUACCAUGCCUGCGGCUCUGUCGMCAUGGGUGAUGCCACAGACUCGAGACUUGUCAUCAAGGGCUUGCAGAAUGUGCGUUGUGUUGACGCAUCUAUCUUCCCCAACCACGUUUCGGGCAACAUUGUUAGCUCGGUCUACGCGGCUGCUGAGAAGGCUGCGGAUAUUAUUAAGGAGGACYGGCUGCACGGCGCCCUCAAGAAGGCCGCUUAA